AGUACCACAAAAUUGAAAUCAGAAACGCUGAUGUACCACUUCACAAUCCCAGCAUCCCGCUGGACUACCAUAAUCGCAACAGUUUGCAGUACGGCUGCGCUUCUUGCCGUUAUCGUACUACUUCCUCUCGUUCAUAUGCAAAUUCAAAAAAGCACUUCAAUGAUGCUAUCGCAGGUUGAACUCUGUAAGGUAUGGUUGACGAGAGAUAUUUGGAAACAGCUGACGUUGGAUCCUAAAAAGGGUCGUUUCGUUAGAGAUCUGACUAAACUGCAAGCAGCAUUCGAUAACUUCAUUGACGUGUCAUGCUGCUCUUGCACGCAAGGACCACCAGGGCCUCGUGGACCUCGUGGUAAACCGGGAGAAGACGGUAUUGAUGGUGAUUUUGGUGAAGAUGGCCCAGAUGGGCGCAACGGUGUCUAUCUGCCUGCACCAACACCGGGAUCGUCUGGAUGCCAGAAGUGUCCACCAGGACCACCAGGGCCACCCGGAUUCCCUGGACUAAAGGGCAGAAGAGGGAAGCAAGGCAAACGUGGUGAACCUGGGCAGAAGGGUGAAGAUAAUAGACCAGGACCGCCAGGAGCACCAGGUCUUAGAGGCGAAACGGGCCCUCCAGGUCCAAGGGGACCGCCUGGUGAUCGUGGUCGCGUGUUGAACGGUGCACCCCAAGGACCUGUAGGUCCUCCUGGGCCGAUGGGACCGCGAGGAAGACCUGGUGCUAAAGGAGAGGAUGGGAGGCCUGGACUUGGUGGAAUUCAAGGAAUUCGCGGUAGUGUUGGAGAUAGAGGCUCUCCAGGUAACAUUGGCCUCCCAGGACCUCCUGGGCCAGCAGGAGAACCCGGAACACCUGGCUCUUGUUCGCAUUGUCAAGGCUAUGUGCAUCCACCAACGAAACACUCUCAACAUGGGCAGAAGCAAGAUCAUGAGACGACUCAUCGCGAGCAAGUGAAGUCGCCAGUUCCCAAAAAGAAACCAAAAAAACAAAAUCUGGAACGAUUUUCCAGAUCGGAUGAUCCAGUGGCAGUCUUCGGAGUGACACCAUACCAAGCAGAAUCUGCAGAGCUUGUCCUUGAUGAAGUAACGCUAGAUCCAAUCGAAACACUCGAGCCACAGGACUAUUCCGACGUCAGCGACGAAUCUGCCGAACAAACACAAGUAUUGGCAUCUAAUGGCGAGCAAGAGGUCUAUGAUGAUGCUGCUGAAUAG